CUGAAUCUGAAGCACACCCUUUUGUUCAGGGCCUAAUAUCUAAUUCUAUUUUCUUCUUCCAAUUAUGAACCAGAUACCCGAGAUUCUGUAUGGCAAGACUGGACAGAAAACUUGGUGUAUUGUCGGCGCAUCUAGAGGAAUAGGUCUGGAGUUUGUACGACAGUUGAUUGCUCGUGAGGACCGCAUCUUCGCUACUGUUCGCGACACCAACGCUGUUCAUGCAUCUGGGCUUUGGGCGCAGGCAGGAGGGGAUCAUGGUCGUUGUCAGAUGUUGGUCUGCGACAUCUUGUCAGAACAAAGCAUAAAUAGUUUCGUCACUGAGCUCGCCAGAGUACCAAAUCUGAAGCUGGACUAUGUCGUGAUCAAUGCAGGAGUUUUGAGAUAUCCGAAUAGAGCGACUGAGUUCUCUUUCGACGAGUUUGCUUUCCACUUACACACCAACACGAUUGGACCAAUCAUUACUGCACAAAGACUUCUUCAAACAAGGAUCCCAAUCGGUACAAUAGUCUUCAUGUCCAGCGACUCGGGGUCCGCACAGCGAUUUCUAGAGAUGGAAGAUGGGUUCGCAGCAUACUCUGCAUCGAAAGCAGCAUUAAACCAAGCGAUGCGGCAUAUGGCUGCCGAGCUCAAGCGGAAAGAUGAUGAUACCAUAUUGAUAGCCAUUCAUCCAGGAGAAGUUGCCACGGAUAUGGCGAAUAUUGAACUCGGGUGGGAAGUCGAUGGAAUCAUGACACCACAGGAAUCAGUAUCGGCGAUGAUUCCGGUUAUCGAGAGCAAAGGAAUACAGCACAGUGGGACGUUCUGGACGUGGGAGAACAAGCAAUACCCUUGGUAGGACAUCGGUUCAUUAUACACGAUGUACUGCCACCAGCGAGUAGAUCUUUGUGAUGGCAUAGCAUCUGCAUUGGAAAUUGGCAAGACAAAGAGAUAGGGGCGAGGACACUCAAGAGAGAUUAUAUGUGGAAGAUAGCAGUCGAGCAAAAUCUUCAGUACCAUAAUGUUGAAUAUCCGG